CUCCCAGCGCCGCCUUCUGGCCCCCGAGGCCUGGGAGGGCGGCCUGGCCGGAGCCCUGGGCCCAAUGAGGCGCCGCAGAGGAGGCGUCGCCGCCGCCGCCGAGGCCGAGGGAGGAUGGCGGCGAGAGGGCCGCGCUUCCGAGGCCCGCUUCCCCUCCUGAUCCUCCUCCUCCUUCCCGUGUCUCUCACGCCGAGUCUCUGAGGCCUGCUCUCCGAGCAGAUAAUCUCUUCAGGAAAUGGCCCCUCCAAAAUCCAUAUUGAAUCUUCUGACCUUUACUUUUGGAUCUGCAAUUGGGUUUUUCAUAUGUUAUCUGCUAUUUAGCUUAGUAUUUGAAGAACAAAUUAAGAUUGAGCCUCACAUUGUUUACAAUGAUCCUCAUGGACAUCACUUGAAUAGUGAUGAAAGAAAUAAUCUGAAAGGACAAAUGAAUUUCAAUGCAGAUACUGGACAACAUCAAGAUGAAAACAAGAAGGUUGCUGAAGAACUGUACCAGAAGGUAAGAAUCCUUUGUUGGGUGAUGACUGGUCCCCAGAAUUUGGAAACAAAAGCUAAACAUGUCAAAGCUACGUGGGCUCAGCAUUGCAACAAGGUGCUGUUUAUGAGCUCUGAAGAAAACAAAGACUUUCCAACAGUUGGAUUAGAAACCAAAGAAGGCAGAGACCAGUUGUAUUGGAAAACCAUUAAAGCUUUCCAGUAUGUGCAUGAUCAUUAUCUUGAUGAAGCAGAUUGGUUCAUGAAAGCAGAUGAUGACACCUAUGUUGCUCUGGACAACCUGAGAUGGCUCCUUUCAAAAUACAGCUCUGAAAGACCAAUUUAUUUUGGAAGAAGGUUUAAGCCAUUUGUGAAACAGGGCUAUAUGAGUGGAGGUGCAGGCUAUGUGUUGAGCAAAGAAGCUCUGAAGCGAUUUGUGGAUGCUUUUAAAAACAACAAAUGUACUCAUAGCUCUUCCAUUGAAGACUUGGCAUUAGGCAAAUGCAUGGAAAGCAUUAAUGUAGAAGCUGGAGAUUCCAGGGAUACGAGUGGCAAGGAAACCUUUCACCCAUUUGUGCCCGAGCAUCAUUUAAUCAAAGGAUACCUACCCAGAAAUUUUUGGUAUUGGAAUUAUAACUAUUACCCUCCUGUGGAGGGUCCUGGCUGCUGUUCCGACUUGGCAGUUUCAUUCCACUAUGUUGAUGCCACUACUAUGUAUCAUUUGGAAUAUUUGAUUUAUCACCUCCGUCCUUAUGGCUACCAGUUUAGAUACAACUCUGACUCUCCUAAGGACCCAGGAAUGCAAAAUUUAAGUGAAGCAGCAAAGGGGGAUGUGAAAUCCAAAGCGGAAGUAGGAAAUCCUCUGAAAGCCUCUGGAUAAAAUCAUUUACAGUGCACUGAAGAAGCCUUAUGAGAUGGUAAAGAAAUACAUUUAGCUUACAAUGACUGGAUGGGUUUGCUAAGCAUAUAUGUAUGUUAAAAGUGUUCCUUCAAAUGGCUGCCUACUGCAGCAUCUUUUCUAAUCGUCCUGGUGGGAAGGAUGUUUCAUAUGCCAUGAGACUGCAAGGUCAAAUCCAUAAAGUUUUGUAUUAAGCAUCAUAACUCCUUAAUUUUGUUUCAGUAAUGUAUACAUGCAAACCUUACAUUGAAACAAACUUUGUUAUCUAGAGUCACUUGUAAACAUGCAGUAUUUUAGUCCUUAUAUCAUGUGAAUGCCUUCUGUUACUAGACCCAGUACAUUAGAUGCUGACAGAUACUUUGCUAAAGAGAUUCAAGUAUGAAUGUGUUUUUUAAAAAAUAUUUACAUAAAAGAUUCUAGUGUGAAUGUAUGUUUAAGGAAAAGCUUUGUCCUACACAGUCAUUUGUCAAGUAAUCCUGCACAUGGGUUGCAUUUACACCUGCGUUUGUAAAACUAGGAAUAUUUGGAGUUUUAGUUUCACAUGUUAUACAGAUUAUUUUCUUGCUGCAGAGAAAGUCAGUAGAGUUCAGCCGGACAGAAAGUUAGUGGAAAUGUGGGUGAACAGGCUGAAUGUAUUCAUAGAAUGAGUGCCGACUUACUAGAUGAGAGGGGAGUAAUCUUUGACUCCCAGGGCCUAUAUGUGGUGCCACCUGGUGGGCUUACACCCCUUCAUGCAUACAGACCCACAUUUACCCAACUCAUUUUGCAGUAACAGAGAAGUUUAAAUCCCUUCCCACCCACUGGAAUUGGUGGGAUUGAAGGGGCAAGGGCUCCUUCCAUCUCCCAGUGAUCUGAAACAAAACAAAAAAACAAGAACAUCUGCUACAUUGAGAUAAUGGGGGUGGGGAUAAUGCGUUCCCAUUCCCCAGCAAUUCUAAUCAAGAUUGCUAUUCUGGAUUUGCUAGUAAAAAUAGCUGCUCUGUCAAGUUGUGGGUGCAGCUCCAUGAGCAUCACAGCCCACUUGAAUGCCUCAACAGGCUAAAGGUUGCCUAUAUGUGCAAUGGAUAAACAAAAUAAAAAUUAUUUAAAUGAACUGUCUUACAUUGUUACUGGAAAAUUAGUUACUGUGAUUAUAUUAUAGGUAGUAGAACAUUCAUAGCUCACACAUGUCAGUUUGGUUCUAAUGACUCACUCUUUUAAAAAAAAAAAAGAAACCAAUAAGCCAUUUUUGUUUUUAUAAAAGUGGACUUGCACCCAAAUAGGUAUUGUUUAAGCUUGAGAGUGAGGGUGGGUGGCUUGUCCAGUACUUCAAGUGUUUUAAAUUUUCCGUUUAAUUUCUAUAAUUAUUUAUUUCAGUUUAAAUACCGUGCCUCUUUCUUGUAUGACAUUUCCUGGUUCAUUUAAAUUAUUAUUUCCCUGUGGAUUUGAUUGUCCCACUUGUCAGGCCAACUUUGAACAAAGAUCUCUGCCAACAGAUGAAGGAGCUCUGUACUUUAUGCUUAAAUACAAACCACAGUGCAAUUUUUGGUGUUAGUUAUGCCCUCUCAUUAUGUACUAUGUGCCAGUUUGGCUGGUAGUUUCUCGUUUUGAUAUUCAGACCUUUUUUCUCCCGCUUAACUGUUAUGUUGAAAGUGAUCAACCAGGGUGUGCUUUCUAUCUUGAGUUCAUCAUAUUGAUGUUUACAUUGAGAUUAUGUAUUUGAUGGUGUGUACUAGUUAAACAAAACAUUUGUCAAACUUACUAAACUCAUUGCAGUUUCUUCUUCAAACAAGAGCAGAUACUGGUUCAUACUUUGUGUCUUUCAGCGUGGUUUAUUUUAUAGUUACACAUGUGCUUCCGCCUUUCUUACAUUAAAACAUGUGAUAACAUUGUUGGUUGCUCUUAAUGAAUGUGCAGUACACCCUCAAUAUUUCAUUAUAGAUAAGUAGUAUGUAACUCACAGAAGAAGGAACUAGAGGUUUUCUUAUUUAUUUUGGUAAAUUAGGCCUGUGGAAGGGUCCUGAAAACUGGAAUUAACAGAAGAGGACAGAUUGUUUGCUCUUAAAUUAAACCAAUGCCGAGUUGUAGCUUCACUUUUAGAUCAAUCAUGAGUACAAAAGUAAUGACAGAUCUGCCCAAUUCUCAAACAACUCUUAUAACAGAAGUGCUGCCAAGACUAAUAUUAAGCUAUUUUGCUUACUUGCGGAUUUUAUGGCGUUUAAGCAAGUUGAUGCCAAUCUCAAGUGUAGAGUGCUCUCAAACAGAGUGGUUUGUCAGUCCAAAAGCAUUGUGCAAUAUUCCAUCAAUCCUUGGUUUUAGACAGUAAAAAUGUGAAAGAGGCUACAAAGUAACAUGGGAUGGUCACAAAUAGAAACCCAAUAAUGUUGAAGGGGAUUUCUGUAAGAAAAGUCAACUCAGAAGCAGCUGUAGCAUAUUCUCUAGUUCAUUAAUAACCUAAUUUCAUCUUCCUUUCUGGAUUUGGUGGCAUUCAUCUAUCUACCUCAAAGCACCAGAUGUAAAUUCGGUAGUGCUUUAGUGGAGUUUGUUGGUAAUCUGAGAGAAAACUAUUCCAAGGGUUUUUUUUUUUAGCUUCAAGAACUAAUGGCUAUUAUUAUUCCAUCAUGAUUCUUAAGGAGCAAAAUGGAGCCAUCCCUAGUUAACUGACUUCUGUAUACUUGGUGAUCUCUUGAAGUAUGUUAACAUACAAGUCUUGAGGUAUUUUACCAUAUAUUAACAUAUGUAACAUAAAACAAAUUCUCCAACGUUCCAGAUGCACAAAAUGAGAGCUGAGAGAAAGGAGGGGAAAAUUGAAAGUGUAGGUAUGCGGGAAAAGAUGGAAGAUGGAUUUCGCCUAUAGAAUGAUUUUCCAGGAGAAAGUGAAAGGACACCUUUUUUGCAUAGUAUAGCUGUGAAACGUUGUGAUUCUGGAUCCUUGAUCUCAAUCCUGAACAAUUGCCUCUUCUGGGGGAGAAGGGCGGGGUAUAAAUAUAGGAAAUAAAUAAAUUCAGUAUUAUAGGAAACUGCCUUAUAUUGGGUCAGACUGUUCGCCCUUCCCAGGAAAUUAUUAUCCAUGUUGAGUAGCAGAAACUCACAGAGGCCUCAAAUAGCAUUCUUAAUAUUAUAUGGUUUACCCAAUCCUUUUAGUAAAGAUGUCCCUUUCUCUGUUCCCUGAUUUAUCCUGCUACUUUUUUACUGUCUGAAGGCACAAAAUGUUUUUCAAGCAUUGUUUAUGCCCCAGGAUUCUACCUUGUAGAUUGGCAUUAAUUGCUGUACUAAACUUUAAUCUUGAUCUGUAUUGCUUUUGUUUUCUUUGGUACAACAUGUAAUGUUCUCGUCUAUAGCCUGCAAAACAUUCCACAAUCCAUUUAAUUUUAAAUCACUUAAAAGUUUCUUUUCAAAACUUUUCUUAGAACGUUUGAUAUCAUCAGCAGUGUUGAAAGUACUUCAUUGUUAGCAGAGCUUGUGAAAGUUAAAUUUUUGUUUGUUUGUUCUAUGGUCCUCAGAAUCCCUCGGCCAUUACUGACAAUACUGGCUGGAAGAUUCUGGAAGUUGCAGUACAAAAAAAGUAACCUGUCACCAAUUCUGAUCAUUUAGAUUUUGUAUUCUAUUUAACGUUUUUCUCUAUUACAUCAGAUUUGAGUGGAAUCAUAAAGUUGAAAUGAGAUUAUACUGUGGACAAAGUAUAAACUGGUCCCAUCUUUGUACUUUAUAUCUUAAAAUUAUAUCAUAUUCAGCAGGUUAUAAAGCUUUGCCUUGGUCAUCUGCUAACAGAGAAAAUGUUGUGAACAGUCAUUUUAUGAAGGGACUUCCCUUCAAUGUAUAUAAAUCGUACCGAAAAUGCAUUUGAAAUGACAAAUUAACUGCUGAGCGGUAUGUUAGUGUAAAGAGACUUUUACAUGGCAAGAGAAAUGUUCUUUUUUCACAACAAAUAGUGGUUAACUUGUUAGUUCAUAUGAUCAACAGAUGAAUGUUUUUGAAAUAACAUAUUUCAAGUGCCUUUCACUGAUUUUUGCAAUUAAGUUAAUUGAGAAACGCACCAAUAAAACUAAGUUACCACAAUUUUAAAAA